AAAAAUUUCUUUAGGUAGUCUUAGGGUUAAUAUUUCUGUGCUCUUAAAAAACAACGGCAACUCUACCGGCUGAACUCGAAUGUUAUUGACGAAUGGGGUACGCAAACACAAAAGACGCGAACUGCCAAUUAAAGCAGAAUAACCAAUAAAAUUUGAUAGAAACGUCAAAUGCGGUAAAGAAUUAAAAGAAUGCUGCGUAUUUUUCAGUCUAACGUGGUUUUCAAUUAAAAGUAAAAAAAUUGUGGUAAUUAAAAAUUGGAAACGCAUUAAAGUCGUUAAGUGCAUACAAAAUGCGCAAAAGUGAUGUGUUAUAAUGCGAAUCUAGCAAAAAUUGUGCUUUGUUAUUAGUCACCAUCGACAAAACGUAUUGCUCUGUGUAUUGAACAGUUACGGGAUAUCAGACUUAGGUGGGUCUGAACCAAAAAGCGGCUUCAAAGUUCUGAGCGUUAUAUACCGAUCGAAGAAAAAUAUUUGACGCAGCUAUAUUCCUACAUAGUGCAGAAAUUUUAUAAGCAACUCAAAUUUGGAAAUUCAGCCUAAUAAUUAGGAAAAUAAGUGUCACAGGCAAAGUCGGCCUUAAGUCGGUCAGGGUCAUUUAUAAUCGACCUUUUGACAGACAGUUAGUGAUAUUUGCCAUAUAUCAAAAGGAGUGUGUUGUUUCUGAAAUUUGAUAUAUAAAUGGAAAGUGUUCGCAAUUAUGGACGUCUCUCUACCUCCAUGGUUAGCAGCCGGAAAACGUCGAUGUCUGAUAAUCCACAAAUGCUACCGAUUCUACAACAGUUGACAAAUGGCUCCUUUGGUAUUAUAGUGCCUGACAAACAUUGUCCACUCUGUUUUCAAGCUAAACGACAUCAAGAGAGAAUCGAAGGCAUAAAAUGCAAAGCGGUAGCAUGGCGCAUACGGGAACGUAUGAAAACUGCUAGUGUGGUGUUAGUGCUGUGCCUUAACAUAGGCGUUGAUCCACCGGACGUCGUGAAAAUACAGCCAUGCGCACGCCUGGAGUGUUGGGUUGAUCCGUCUUCUGUAUCAGCACCAAAAGCUAUGGAACUGAUAGGUAAUAAUCUGCAAAUGCAAUAUGAACGCUGGCAGCCUCGUGCGCGUUAUAAGAAAUGUCAUGAUCCGACAUCUGAAGAUGUAAAGAAGUUGUGCACUUCACUGCGCCGCAAUGCAAAAGGUGAGCGCAUACUAUUCCAUUAUAAUGGACAUGGCGUGCCAAAGCCCACGGCAAAUGGUGAAAUUUGGGUGUUCAAUAAGACGUUCACACAAUACAUACCUUUGAGCAUAUUUGAGUUGCAAAGCUGGAUGGGUGCACCAUCAAUUUACGUAUACGAUUGCUCAAACGCCGGCAUAAUUAUAAAUUCGUUCCAGCAAUUUGCAGAACAACAUGAAAGAGACUUAGAAAGAUCUAGUCAACGCAUUGGAUCUGGACAGGCAUCUUCUCUGUUGACGCCAUUUGUAAGCUACAAAAAUUGCAUACAUUUGGCCGCCUGUUCGGUCAAUGAGAUAUUGCCGAUGAAUGCCGACCUUCCUGCAGAUCUCUUUACUUCCUGCCUAACGACACCCAUCAAUAUCGCACUAAAAUGGUAUACGAUGCAGGAGAAAUUCGAAUUAGUACCGCUCAUUCAAAGUGAGCAAGUCGAUAAAAUACCUGGAAAAGUAAACGAUCGACGUACAAUGAUGGGCGAGUUGAAUUGGAUAUUCACUGCAAUAACCGACACCAUUGCAUGGAACACUUUACCGCGUGAACUAUUUCAGCGCUUAUUUCGGCAGGAUUUGCUAGUUGCCAGUCUAUUUCGCAACUUUCUACUUGCAGAGAGAAUUUUACGUUCCCACGAUUGCACACCUGUUUCGCAUCCAGCAUUACCGCCCUGCUUUCGGCAUCAUAUGUGGUCUGCUUGGGAUUUAGUUGUCGAUUACGCUUUACAGCAAUUGCCUGAAAUACUGGAGAAAGGUGCACCAUAUCGUCAAUUACCAUUUUUCGAACAACAAUUAACGGCUUUUCAAGUUUGGCUCGAUCGUGAGUCCGAAUCACGAUCCCCACCGGAGCAGUUACCUAUAGUUCUGCAAGUCCUGUUGUCACAAGUGCACCGUUUACGUGCUUUAGAACUACUAGCACGCUUCCUCGAUUUGGGUCCAUGGGCGGUGAAUUUAGCUCUGGGUGUGGGCAUCUUCCCUUACGUACUUAAACUUCUACAAAGCUCCGCAAAAGAAUUGCGCCCUGUGCUGGUAUUUAUAUGGGCUAAAAUACUUGCAGUCGACCCAAAUUGUCAGGUGGAUUUGGUCAAAGAGCAUAAAUACUUUCUAUCAGUACUGCAAGAUACAUCAGUUUCUAAGGAACAUCGCACGCUCUCCGCAUUUGUGUUGGCUUGCAUAGUUAAUGACUUCCUUCUGGGGAAAACGAGCGCUUUGCAGGGUUCAUUGGUGUCGAUUUGUUUGGAGCAAUUGAACGAUGAAAGCUGGCUACUACGGCAAUGGCUGGCCAUAUGCUUAGGAAUGCUUUGGCAGAAUUUCGAGAAAGCCCGUUGGUCUGGAGUGCGCGACUUGGCGCACGAAAAACUGUAUCCCCUACUUAAGGAUCCCAUACCGGAAGUACGUGCAGCUGCUGUCUUUGCGCUGGGCACUUUUAUCAGUUCAGUCACGGAUCGAGAGGAGCAUGCAAAUAAUAUUGAUCGCAUAAUCGCCAUCACUCUCUUGGAUACAGUGGGUGAAGAUAUGUCACCUUUAGUGCGUUUAGAGUUGGCGGCAGCGCUACAAUGGAUGGUGCUGUUAUUUGAGUCGCAGUUCGUCACUGUUUAUAUGCAAGAGCAAAUGAGUAGUUCGAAUCCCGCUUUGGCACUAACCACAUCUGUGAGCGGUAGUGAACGCAGCGCCAGCAUAAGUCAUGGCAUGCCCAGUACGCCCAGCCCAUCGAUUGUACACCACUCGACGCACAGCUUGGAACGCCAUGUGUCUAUGCGUCGAGGCGCUAGCUCCAGUUCUAUAUCAAACAUGGUCUCCAGUGCCAUACCAUUUCAGUCAAUAUUUUUGCGUCUGUGGCAAGGUAUUUACAAUCUGGGUCAUGAUCCGUUUCCGGAGGUGGCUGCAACAGCGCAGAAAAUUAUUGCUUACGUUCGCGAUAAGUCGGUUGAUUUGAUUACCGCCAAAGAAGCUACCAGCGACAAGUGCAAUUCAAGUGUCAGUUUGCCACCGAGUCCGUCAACGCGUGGCAUUUUUUUAAGUGGAGAGUCACCGCCAGUAGGCGGCGGCGGUGUACAAGUUGGACAUCCAAACAUCAGCAACUGGGCAAACAAGUUGCGUAAUACAAAGUUGCUACCUGCCAAUGUAAUAAACAGUGGCGACCAUCAAAGUGUUUUGCAACGCAAAAUGCGCACUACCUCGAUGGGCGAUGAAACGGACAGUUGCGCACAACUAAAUGGUAGUCGCAGUACCGGCAUGUUGGGCGUUGGCAAUGCCGUCAGUGGUGUUGCCGGUUUAAGUAUCAAUGCAGUAGGCGGCAGUGGCAGCGGUGACGGUUCACGUUCAGCACACAGCAGCACGAGCGAAAACAACUACGAGCCGAAAUUUGUUCUUAAGCCUAUUCUGCAAACCGAGUUCAUAUCAUGGGCCAAUUCGUACUUCAUGCGACCUGGAAAGAAUCGCUACGCCUCCGCAGAAGGUACGGAAGGACAACAGGUGUUUCCCGCCGACACGAAUUCGCCUGAGUUACGCUCGCGCCACUUUCGUUUUCAUCGUAACGAGCUGAUACGUCGGCAAGCGAAAGAGCAACACAUACGCGGAAGCCGCAUUGAUACCCAAAUAUGCAUGCUGAAGACACAGCACACGCCUGCCAUUGUUAAAUUACUGCCAUACGAGCCGCAACUAGCCGUAGCCUAUAAAGAAAAGGUGCUCGUGUACGAUUGGGCUCGGAAUUCGGUGCGGUCCUAUAUACCACAGGCGGGCAGCAGUGCUGCGACGCGUAACCAUGUGGGCGAAUCCGGUGGGGCGUCCUCGUCGCCGUCAGCACACAUGCAGCAUCAUCAGCAACAAUAUUUACAACAACAACAGCAAAGCUUAACUUCUCGUGUUAGUGCCAUUGAAUUCUUGAAUGCACAGGACAUCGGCUUGAUACUGGUCGGUCAUGAGGACGGUGUGGUGCGAGUUUGGCAGCCCGGCACAGAUGAUCAUCCAGAGUCGCAGCUAAUCACUGCCUUCGAGGGUAUACCCGCAAUGAAUGCCGCCUGUACUAGUUCCUAUGGUAGUGGCGGCAGCGGCAGUGGCAGUGGCUCUGGUUCGUCUUCCCUGAAGCACCGUCGUGAUAUGAUGCGCACGGGCAUAGUUACUGCUUGGCAGCAAUGUCGACAGCACUUGGUGGUGGGUGGUGGAAUUUCACGUUACCUACGCAUUUGGGAUGUUGAACGUGAGCUGAAACACUGUGACAUACCGAUUGGCAGUGAGACGAGCGUACAGGUGCUGGCACCAUUCUCAUACAAUCUUAACAGCAGCAUUGUGGUGGCGGGUUGUGCUGAUGGGAGUGUGCGCCUGUUUGACAAACGACAGUCGCCGCAAGAGUCGCGCAUUUGUGUGUUUCGCGAGCACACCGGUGCCAUAUUAUCUGCAUGCAUGAAGGAGAAUCAACCAAUGCUGGUCACCGGUUGUUCACAAGGUCGAAUGCGUGUCUUCGACUUGCGGCAAGCAGCUGCAGUGCAGAGCUGGGAGGCGAACGUUGAUGUAGCCGUGAUUGCUAGUCAUCCGUCAGCAGACCUCUUGGCGUGCGGCAGUGCUCAGGGCAUUGCGCUGCAUCAGGAGAACGGGCGAGCGCUCAACACAUUGCGCGGCAAUGAGGGCUUUAUGGGCACGAAAAUAGGCUAUCCGACCUGUUUGUCGUUCCACUCGCACAAGGCCGCUCUGGCGGUGGGUUGUGUCGACAACACAGUCGUCGUUUACGAACCUGCUGCAGUUUUAUAAACUUUGCAACAAAUGGAAAAUCGAUGUUGAUAAAAAUCCAAAGACAUUUGACAAUUCAGAACGUUUUCUGCACGAACCCGAAAUAAUUGAUGCCGUUAACUAUAUUCGUCAUCGCACUCAAAUUCAAAAUAUCACCGCCGAAGACGCAAAGCUCAUCUAUACGAUAUGCGGGUUUGAAACAGCUUGGAAUCGUGGUCAAGAACCUUCUGUGUGGUGUAGUCUUUUUAAUCGGGACACGAUCAAAGCUUUCGAAUUUUUCGAAGAUCUAGAGUAUUUUUGGAAUGACGGCUAUGGUUAUGAAAUCACCCAUCGCAUGGCCUGUGCAGCGAUUAAAAAUAUGUUUGAAUAUAUUGAUCCAAAUUCCAACAAAUCGAAUGCUACAUUUUACUUUACUCACUCUGGCACUUUGUUAAAGGUUUUGGCGCAUCUUGGUCUUUAUAAAGAUGCAGAGCCUUUGACAUAUCGUGAUUUUGGGCGUGAACGCGCCUGGCGUACUAGCAUAAUCGACGCAUUCGCCACGAAUUUAGCUUUUGUGCUGUAUGAGUGUAAUAAUGAAAAUGGUCCUAUGGUAUUAACGUUGCAUCAGGAACGCCCGAUUCGCUUGCCCGGCUGUCCGCAAGAUCAAGAUCUCUGCAGCUUGAAAACACUAAAAGAGCAAUAUGAAAAACAUGUUUCGAGUUGUAAUUUUGAUGAGCUUUGUCAUAUUCACCAGCAUGACGAGCAUUAAGCAGUUUAUUAUAUAGAAUAUCAAGAACCUCCGUUGAUAAAGGUUAUCUACGUAUAUUCCUUAAUAUACCAGUAAUUAAAUUAAGUUGUUGUCCUUGAAUAAUCGGCUACGAAUUUGUGAAUUAACUGUAAUUAUUGUUGUGCUUGGAAACUGUCAAAUGUCUUGGAUUAACAAAUGUGCAAAAACACAAAUGAAUAAGGAACUAAAACAGCGACGCAACUAAUUUUGCUUAUAUACACACAUAAAAAAUUGAUAACGACGCUGAAAAUGCAUAUACACACAAAUAAGUUUACAAAAAUAUUUACAUAGUUAUAUAGUAAUGGUUUAUAUAAAAGAAAGCAACACACAACAUAAAAAAAAAAAUAAUUGUAAUAUUAAGCUAACAUUUACAAUAUGCAUACAUAUUUCGGCUCAUAUGUAAAUAUAUACGACGGCUAAUGUACACUUACAUACGUACAUUUAUGUAGUGCAAUUAAGUUAAAUAGUGAUUGUAGUGAUUAUCUUAUGCAAGAAAAAACGACAACUGCAGCUUUAUUGUGACUUUAUGUUUAAGUUACCGCAAAGUGAAAUAUUUGUUUAAUCAAUAUUUGAUAAUUUGCAAAAUUAGAGUACGUUAUACUUUCUUGAGCACACGAAGCCACACCUGAGUUGUUGUUUUCUUUUUUUUUUUGUUUUUUUAAUUUAUCACUAAAAUUUUGUCGCAUAAUAGUUUUUGUUAUACAAAUUCGCCAGUUUGAUGUCGGCUGCAGAAAUUAAUCAAAACCGAUCGCUUAGUGGUGAAUAACAGCGCCCGAUUUAAUGUAUUUCUUGAUAACUGUAAUUCAUGCUGCUUAAGAUGAGUGCAAGAACCCUUUAAUUGCAAGUAGGUAACUUAAUGAAAAAGCAGCCGCAUUUUAAAUAUAACCUUGAAAUUGCAUACCGUUAAAAGGUUACAUUUGGAGUUGUAAAUUUUUAUAUAAUUAUUAGACAUAAUUUGCGAAAGUAGCACAUAAUAUGGGACGUGAAAUAUAACUCUAAAUUUAGUAUUUAUAAACAUAUAUUAUAUAUUAAUUGAUGAAAUGCCUAACGUCAGCCAAAAGUAGAAAGGCGCAUUUUCGUUUAAGAGCAAUUUGAAAUUUUAUUCGUGAAGUGCUAAAUUAUGCCAGAAUACGCCUCAUUUAGAGAAGAAAAAAUAGAAACAUAAAUAAUGAAAUAAAAUAGCCGCCUAAACCCUCAUACUCACAGCUAAGCGCAUACAGAAACCAUACGGACAACAGUUAGAAAGUAAACGCAGUGCGCAGAAGUAGAAAAUAAAAUUACACAUUGACUUGAAAUGAAUGGCUGAAAAAUCAGAAAUUGUUAAAUGCGCAUAUUUACUGAUUCAUUAAACGUUAUUGAGUAUUUAUUGCUGACGAGUGUCGAGUGCGAGUCAAAAUAUAUUUUGUUGGCUAUUUUUUCUUUUAGCUAUUUUCAUCGCAGUUACUGUUAUUUAUUAGUUAAACUGAAAUAAAUCGAACAAAAGCAGAAUAUGCCUACACAAACCGUUACAUUACUCGUACAAAGAUUUAGUUUCCACAGUCAGAGUUAUACAAAUAUUUUAUAACUGUUAAUAGACAAUUAUUGUUUGCAACUCCCUUGUAAAUUUCGCUCCCCAUUAACUUCCCCUUCAAGCUUACCGCCUAAAGCGUAAAUAAAGUGUUCAAUAAUAAACCUGUAAUAAUUUAAAUUCCGUGUAAAGUGCGCCUUUUAUUGAUUUAUAAAUACAUAUACACACAAAAAUAUUAAUUUAAUAAGAUAAAUAUUAUUGACUUGUGGUAAUAACUUGCAAUGUAUAAACUACUUAACUAACUUUUUUGAAAAAUAAAUUAAGAAACAAAUAUGUAAGAAUGUGUUUAUAUUACCUGUUAGAUGAAAAUGAGUUUACGGAGUUAAGGGAGUUUGGCACAACUUAAGGGUCUCUGGCUCCAUCAAAAAUUGGUGAAGUCUUUAGUCGUGUGCUAAGCCACCCUUGAUGAUAAUUUUGUAGCGGCAUAAGACAUUGCUACCAUAUAUGUAUCUUUAUACCUAGCCUUGUGGUAGGUUAGUCAUUCGGUACUUUUGUCUGUCGCUGUUUUUCCUUUUGGUUAAGAGAUCACAACAUUUUUAUUAUCAUCUUGCUUUGUUAUUUCCCUCUUUUCCUUGCACAAUACAAACCGCUGGUAUUUUGUUAUUGUUAUUGUUGCUAAUAUAGAAGUCUCCCACGUGUUGCACGCUCUUUCGUCUCACUACUGCGCAGACGCUUACAAAGAGCAGAGGAAAUGUCAAAAUGUUCGCAAUAAUAAUCCUGAGGACUCAAAAUUUUUCCAGCGUCAAAUUGCUUAGUAGUUAUUUAGUUGCGGCCACGAAAUGUUGCGCUUCAGAAACAAGUGAAAAUCGUAGAGAAUUAAUGAAAUUAAAUACUUAGUAAUUAUUAUGCACAUUCAGACCCACAAAGUGGCAUUUAGUGGUGGUGAAAUUGACGUCGAAGAAAUUUUUUUGUUUUUAACAUUUCGUUGUUUGCUUUUAGGCGUAUAAAGUGAGAAACUUUCUGCAAAUAAAAAAUAUGCAAAAAGCGAAAAAACACUUCCGCAAAUUUUUGUAUACAAAGUUUUUCGGUCAAUAUAUCAAAUAUUAGCACUCCUUAAAUGUGUAUAUACACUCAUACACACAUAUACAUAUGUCUGUAUGUAAGAGGCAUUUUGCUUUGUGUACACAACAUGAAGGAAGAACUAUGACAGUGUUUUGCUCAAAAAACGGCAACAAUUAUUAAACUUGAAUUCAUUGCAACAUUACUUGCAACAUCACCUGACCUAUCGGUGAAUAACGCUGCGGAGAAGUGGCGGUGGCAACUACCAGAAGAAAAAAAGUAAUAUAGAGCAAUUGUAGUAAACGGUGUGACUAAGGAUGCUUAUACUCGUGCAUAUAUACAGUUAUGAUGUUCAUAUAAGCGUAUGUUGCCAGUGUGCUCCCUUCCGUUUCCACUAAACGUCAAGCUGACACUGAAAUGGAAAGGAUCAUGACCCAAUUUUGAUAAGCACGAAAGAAAAGACAAACAAGUUGACAGUAAUAGGAAUAUAAAAAACAGCACCCAAAUGAUAUUUGGUGAGCUAAAAAUAAGAGAAGUAAGAAAAAAGUUGUCGGAAAGUGGCACAACAAAAGUGUAAAAUAAUAAUUACUAUGUAAACUUCAGAAACGGUAAAUUUAACUUACUCUUGUUAAUCUCCCACCAAAUGCCAAAAAGAAAAAAACAAAAACUAACGAAAUUAUAAAAGAAAAAUAGUUUAGUAAAAAUUUAUUUAAAUUAAUUGAAAAUUAACGGCGAAAAUUACUAAAAGUACAAAACACACUCGAAAAAACACAAAAACAAAAAUCAAAUUCAACCCUACAACGUCAAAGUCACCCUUUGGUGGAGCCGUGAAUCCUUUUUGAUUGUGCAACAAAGCCACUGUAAUGCAUAGAGUAAUUACAGUUUCGAAUCCAUACUAGUGCAGCUAAUUAUACAUAAGCCAACCGCAAUUAAAAGUAACAACAAUAACAAAAUGCUGUAGUGCAACUGCUCGCUUGUCACGCUAGCGGUUGGAAAAGCAGUCGAUCAAAUAAUAUUUGUUGCUCCUUCGAGUUGGUUCCGUUGCCGGUUUUAGCACGCAAGCUCGACUUAUUUAAACACACAAACAUCCAUUCACAUAUAAGUACAUAUAAAUAUAUAUAUAAUAUAUAUAUUGGUUAUACGCUUCCAAUUAUGCUGCCUUGGUGGUGUUAUUUGCUGAUUACUGGGCUAGUGCUCUAUGCCCUCUUCGAACUUCAUUACUUCCUGCGUAUGUGCCUUUGUGUGAUUCUGGCGCGCUUCGUCAAGCGAAAGUGCCAUAUUUUGGAGACGACCACAGUUGCUGGCCUCUGCCUCACCAAUGACAUCGAUUGGCUGCUCUAUCACAUGAACAAUGCGCGCUAUUUGCGAGAAUUGGAUUUUGCACGCGUGGAUUUCUACGAGCGCACAGAUUUGUAUCGCACCAUAAAACGGAAAGGUGGCUCAGUUUUUCAGGGGGCAGCUACCAUACGUUAUCGGCGAUUUAUCAGACCCUAUCACCGUUUUCACAUACAAUCGCGCAUCAUCUACUGGGACGAACAAUCCGUUUACAUGGAGCAUCGUUUCGUGCGACCCUCCGAUCAAUUCGUGCACGCCAUUGCAAUUUGCCGGCAGCGCAUCGUCGAUUGCUCAGCGGAGGAGGUGAUGAAUGACCUGCUGGCACCCAAAAGUAUGCAACUGCAAGCGUCGCACAACACGGUUAGCUCCACAGUGAGCCUGGACAAUAGUGCGGUGACCACAACAAAUCUGGAUGUGGCCGAGAAUGGGCAGACGCGCGUAAAGUUGAAACCCGAUGUGCCGCCGGAGAUACAAAAGUGGAUUGAAUACAAUGAUUUGUCAAGCAAAAAUUUACGCUCGAAUUGCUGAUAGUUGCGGAGUCGAAAUGCUGAGUGCUUUGCUUAUGAUUAUGAAUGUCUAAAUACUCGUAUAAAACCUUAUACAUACGUACAUACAUAUGUAACUGCACUUAUUAUAUAUCAAAGAUAUGCCUAGAAGAAAGAAUUAUUUAUUUUUUGAGCUCAUUGAAGUAUGAAAAGUCUUUAAGAAAAAUAUUUAAUUAAGUUUUUAGUUAAUCAAUUUUUUUAUAGUCGGAUUACAUAUGUACAUCUAUGAAGCGCUAAAGCGAAAGUGUAUGCCAAUCUUUAAAAUAACCUACCUUUACUACUCGUAUGUGUAAAUGUGUGUAAAAGAAUACAAGUAAAUUUGUAGAACAAUAUGUGGAUCGUUUUAUUUUGAAAAAUUAAAGGUGCCCAUCUUUACUUAAUUACUUACUAAUAUUAUAAAUGUGAAUGUAAGUUUGCACAUUACGCUUUCUUGUCGAAACCUCUUAACCGAUCAGCAUGAAACUUUGUACUCAUACGCCUAAUGGUAUUUAAAAGAAAAAAACUACUUCUAAUUAAAAAAUAUUAUUUUUAUGUAUUGUAAAAAAAAAUUAUUUUGGCAUAUAUGAUUGUUUGUCGAAAAAUUUAAAAAUCUAAGAAAACAAAAAAGGCAUCGAAAGCGCAAAAUAGUCAAACGUGGGGGUUUCUGAUUACCAUCACCAACACGAAGAUGAUCAUCGCAGGAUAAUGUUCGUGCACAUAUGUACUAUGUAUUUAACGGGUGAUCCAAGUAGAGUUACCUCUUUCAAUAGCCUUUUUAUGACAAAUCGCGCGUCAGUCAAGCCACUCUACCUUCCCAAGCUUCACCGCUUCGCUCUAUAGGCUCUUGAAAAGUUCCAAGAAGAUCCGACGUUUUCAAGCUAAAUUUUGUUCAGCGAUGAGGCCCAUUUCUGGCUCAAUGGUCUUACUUGCUGCUAUAUAGUGCUGUUGUUAGAGACUUUCAGCGCUUCACUUAAUCUUGGCGUGUUGUGGAAAGCGGACGUGUGAAGAAGAAAACAACGAUACACAAAAAACAGCGAGAUGUCUUUCCUAGUUAUACUGCUCAUUCUCUACAUCAUUUGGGAUGUUAACUACUUCAUUCGUUGCAUUUUCACUGUGUUGGCGGGGCGCCUGUUCCAGAGUAAACGCAAGGUCACUGAUACCACAACAAUCUAUGGUCUCUGCACCUCACAGGAUGUGGACAUCUUCAUACGACACAUGAACAACGCGCGCUACCUGCGAGAGCUGGACUUUGCACGUUUCCAUUUCUAUGCGCUGACUGGACUUUAUGAGCAAGUGCGCGAGCGCAAAGGUGGCGCCGUUCAGGGCGCUUCGAGUGUGCGCUACCGCCGCACCAUACCCAUUUUCCAUCCGUACAAGAUCCAAACCAAGCUGAUUUGGUGGGAUGAGAAGGCUAUUUACUUGGAGCAAUCGUUUGUCACCCUCUCGGAUGGUUUUGUGCGCGCUGUGGCAUUAUCCAAGCAGUGCAUCACCAAUUGUGACGUCACCGAAAUAUUAAAGACCUUCCCUGAAGCAGCAACACGACCGGAAAUGCCGGCAGAGCUGAAACUGUGGUUGGACUCGAUUGAACUGUCUAGUCAGAAGUUGCGCAAGGAUAAAAGAGCGUAAAGCGGAGAGAGUGCUCUCUUUCUUAGUUUUAUAAACUCACUAUUUGGGUGUUUAGGCUUAUUUUUUUUUACCUUUUUCAACGAUCCAUUACUAACUAUGUGGACAGUGAUAUGGAAAUAAAGUUUUUAG